AUGCACAACACUCUUCAGUUCGUGCAGGAUCAGCUCAAGAAGCAGGAGAAAAGCAUCUCUGUGCUUCAGACCCAGUACAGGGAGAUCCGGCGUGGAAACCUCUACCAGCCUGCUCCUGCAGCAGAGCGAGUCGCCAACGCCGCUAACAGCCGUGCUGCACCUCCUGAUGCACCUCCUGCUGUUCCUCCUCCUACUGGAGCACGUGCUGAGCCUCCUACUGCAGCAGCAACUGCCUUUGGCUCCUGCCCUUCGGCCCUGCCUCGUUUUGUCCAUGGCAAGACCGACGUCGAGACUUGGCUCUCCAUUGCGGAGGACUUUAUGUCCAUCCACAAUGUGCGUAGCGAGGCUCGUGUGGUCGCUGCAACCCUUGCCCUGGACGACACUGCGAGCAAGUUGGUGUAUGCCAACAAGCGCCACGCAGAGGCUAAUGGCCAUCCUUUUGGCUGGGAGGAGUUCAAAGCUGCCAUGCUGGCGGCAUUCCUGAGUCAGCCCCCGGCGGUCGAGGUGCGUAGCCGCCUGGAGAACAUCCAGUGCGGUGACCAGCCUGUACGCGAGUACGCCAAGGAGUUUGAGAAAACUCUGUCGCUGCUGAAGACUGCUCUUCCUGAGAGCGAGGUCAUCCACCAGUUCUUCAAGGGUCUCCCUGAGCACAUCAAGCGUGUGCAUGUUGUGCGCGGGGAGCACCAGUGGAGGACCUACAAGGAGUGCAAGGAGCAGGUCAUUGACACGGAUGAUCCUCAGGAUGAGGAUAAGUCCCCGGCAGGCUGCCGCAUCUGUGGCAAGCUCGGGCACAAGUCCUAUCACUGCCGUUGGAGGAAGUCCGUCAAGAACUCCGGCAAGCCCAACCAGGGCAAGAAGCCGGAUGGUUCUGGCCCUUCGGGCCCGAAGGAUUUUCCGAAGUCCAACUAG